AUGACAAGAUUUCGCUUUCCCUUCCUCAAUCUUCGACGCCUUCCCGAACCUCGCCUGGGGAGGCGGCUCCGUCAACACACACCUCGACUGGACGAAGACGCUGCACGUUCACAUCCUCAGGGCCGUCCUCUCUGCCUUCGAUGGAGAAGAAGGUCUCUCUCACCCACGAUUUCUGCCUCUCCCACGCACGAACAUCUUUUUCGAUUCUUCAGAAGUCUUCGCCUGAUAAGCUACGUGGUACAAGGAGAAAUGACUUAUCAGUUGAAGACUUUUGUUGGUGAACACUCGUGUAGUAGGUCCUUCAGCAAUCCACGCCUAACAUCUAGGUGGCUAAGUAGGCAAAUUGUAAAUGAUGUAAAGGAACAAUCAAAUAUGAGAUUGAGAGCCAUCCAAGAGAAGGUACAACGGUUUAGUGCCAACCUUCAGUGAAUUAAUUCCAGAAUCAGAACAUCGCUUUUGUGUGAGACACAUCUAUAGCAACAUGAGAAAGAGGUUUCCUGGAAUGCAGUUGAGAAAGCUUUUUUGGUGAGCAACCAACACAACUUAUUAUCAGCAAUGGGAGAGGGAGAUGCAAGAAAUAAAAAAGGUAGAUGAAGGUGCAUACAAGUGGGUGUUGGCCUUACCUCGUGAGAAAUGGAGUAAGCAUGCCUUUAGUUGCGGGUCUAAGUGUGAUUCUGUGGUUAAUAAUCCAUGUGAGGUAUUUAAUGCUACUAUACUUGAAUCUAGAGACCAACCAAUUAUUUCUUUACGUGAAUGGAUUAGAACUUAUCUAAUGAGAAGAUUUCAAAAAAAAAAAAAAUAGACAGAUGAUUGAAAAGUUUGAUUGGGAGGUGUGUCCCAAAAUUAAAAAGAAGAUCGAGGAGGAGAAACUACAUUGUAGGAAUGGGUUACCUAUGUGGGCUGGUGACUUGAAAUUUGAGGUUAGAAAUGGUUGUGACAAGUUCGUUGUAGACCUUGAUUCAAAAACUUGUAGUUGUAGGAAAUGGGACCUAAUUGGGUUCCCAUGUCAACAUGCCAUUAGUUGUAUUUUCUAUAAAGGGCAUAAUGUUGAGACAUAUGUUGAUGAUUGCUAUAAAAAGAAGGCUUACAUUGCAUGCUACGAGCCUCUUGUUUACCCAACCAAAGGUCUAAACUUAUGACCAAGUACAAAUUUCAAUGUCAUUAGUCCACCACAUCUUAGAAGAGCUCCCGGUAGGCCAAAUAGUUGUUUAUAAAUUUCUAGCUGUACGAGAAACUGAUUUGUUUUGUGAUGGUACUAAGAUUUUGUAAAUGAGUAUUUUUGUAAUGACAAGUUUGU